AUGGAUCUAGAAAAACAGGAACAGUCCGCAAAGCUCAAAGAUCUGGGCAACCAGGAGCUGAAGAAGAACGAUUUUAAUGGGGCCAUCAAGUUUUAUACAGAGGCCAUCCAGGUGUAUCCGACGGCAAUUUUGUACUCCAACAGAGCCCAAGCUCAAAUUAAGAUAGAAAAUUAUGGACUUGCGAUCGACGACGCGAAAAAGGCGAUUGAGCUCGACAAAAACUACCUUAAGGCUUAUUACCGUCGUGCAGUGGCGUUUAGUGCAAUUUUGGAGUACAAAAAAGCCCUCGCCGACGUGAAAAUUGUGCUUUCAAGAGCACCUUCCGAUAAACAUGCCCAGACUUUGGAGAAUAGACUGGUUAAGAUCAUCAAUCAGAUAAAAUUUGAAAGGGCCAUCGCGGUGGCAGACAAGGGCUCGCCGAUCUCAACUUUGGAUCUGGAAUCUUUUGGAAUCGAGAAAAGCUACGAAGGUCCCGAACUAGAAAUCAAACAAGUUGAUAAAAAAAUCAGUGUUGUCAUGACCCAGGAGUAUAUCUCCAACAUGGUGGCUCUGUUUAAAAAGGGAGCCAACCUGCCUAAAAAACACGCCUUUGCCAUUGUGGCGGCGGCCAACGAGGUGUUCAAAGCCCAGCCGUCGCUCGUGGAGAUCGGACUCAAGCGCGACUCCACAGCCGAUAAAGAGCUGCAACUCGACACCGUGGAAAAGAUCACUGUCUGUGGAGACACCCACGGCCAAUUCUACGACGUGAUGAACCUGUUCAAGCGGUUCGGAAAGGUCGGGCCGUCCCACACCUAUCUGUUCAACGGAGAUUUUGUCGACAGAGGCUCCUGGUCGUGUGAGGUGGCUCUUUUGCUCUACUGUUUGAAGCUGCUAUAUCCGCAAAACAUGUACAUUAACAGAGGAAACCACGAAACAAACGACAUGAACAAGGUGUACGGGUUUGAAGACGAAUGCAAACACAAGUACAACGAAAAGUUAUUCCUCUGUUUCAGCGAAUCUUUCAAUUCUUUGCCAUAUGCGUCUUUGAUCGGCCAGGAAUAUUUGGUUAUGCAUGGUGGGUUGUUUUCGUCGGACGACGUCACGGUGGACGACAUCCGCAAGAUCAACCGGUUCAGAUCGUCACAACCUCCAAAGGAAGGUAUUGAGAUGGAGCUACUCUGGACAGACCCGCAGUACGACAACGGACGGUCCGCUUCCAAAAGAGGUAUUGGUAUGCAAUUUGGACCUGACGUGACGGCCAAGUUCUGCGAAAACAACAAUCUCAAGGCGGUGAUCCGGUCCCACGAGGUGCGGAUGGGUGGUUACGAGAUCGAGCACGACGGCAAGCUGAUCACCGUGUUCAGUGCUCCUAAUUACUGCGAUGCCCAAGGAAACCUGGGUGCGGUCAUCGACCUGACUCUGGACAACGGUGAGUACAAGUACGACUGCAGAACGUUCACCCACGUUGAACAUCCAAACAUUCCUCCGAUGAACUACACCAAGAACAACCUUGGGUUUUGA